AUGCUCCCACACUCAGUUCCACCCAAAGAAGGCCGUCCGUUAGAUUCAUGGUCAAAAGCCAAAACACGACGAAAAAGCAUGCUUUUGCGAACCACUCGCCUCAUUAUUGCGGUAGUAGUUGCGUGGUUGGUAAUAUCAUUUCUGUUCCUUAGGUCGCCAGCUCCAGACGCGAGUCAGCAAUUGACUUCCAGCUUGGUCACGGACAAAGUUUGGCGAAUUUGGCCCACGGAUAUCAGGAUUGUGGAAUCAUUGGAACAUGAUUCAACGCCAGAUACCCCUGAUGAACAGUUAAUUGGAGAAACUCCAGCAGGGUUGGAGGAAAAUGUAGACCAAGGGUCAUCACAAUCAAUUUCAAAUAUCGUCGAAGAUAUCAACCACACGAAUUCAAACGACCUAGAGCCUGAUCUCUUAAAGGAUAUGGAACCCGAUCUCGUUGAGGCCGCUCUUGACUACCUCCUAUCGACAGUUCCUAACGAGCUAUACGUCCAAGAAUUCCUACGGCCAGUAGUCAGCACAGGCGAGGCGAGGCUACACGAGCUUGGCCUGCGUACACGCGUAUAUAAAGAGUUCUUCGAGACUUGGGAGAAUGUACACCUCGUCAACAGCGACGAUAAUCACACUUACGCACGGAACGAUAUCGUCCCCUACAUCCGCGACAAGUUCAGCGAGUCAACAUACCCUGAAGUGCUCCGCAAAUACGAUUCUUAUCGCCAAUUUGUCACCAAACUCUCUGCGCUGUUGUUUCCGUGGACGAGCCCAUACUUUGCAGAUCAUAUGAGUAUGCGCGCCUCGUUGCGCCAUGGAGGCCGUGGCAUCGUGACAACGGCCGGCAAUGGUCAGGCGCCUUUUCUACUGGCUGCCAUACCUUCUUUUCGUCUGCUGGGCUGCGAUCUUCCGGUCGAGGUCAUGUAUCUCGGUGAAAGCGAUCUGAGCGAGGACUUCCGGAUCAAGCUGGAGGCGAUACCAGGCGUCACAACGCGUGACCUCUCCAAACUGGUUAAUGAUCAAGGUUGGCAGCUCAACGGAUGGGCUGGUAAGCCCUUUGCUAUUCUCUUCUCGUCUUUCCGCGAAGCCCUGUUCAUCGACGCCGACUCGCUGUUUUUCGUUAACCCCGAGUCACUGUUUGACGACCCGGAAUACGUGCGCACGGGCGCCCUUUUCUUCAGGGACCGAAAUAUCUCGCCAGAGAGGAAGCGGGAAUGGCUGCAGAGGGUUUUGCCAAACCCGAUUUCGCAAGCCGUGCAACAGAGCAGAAUGUGGAGCGGGGAGAGUGGACAUGAACAAGAGUCGGGAGUUAUCGUUGUGGAUAAGUGGAUGCACUUUGUCGCAUUGUUACUCGUAUGCAGAAUGAAUGGGCCAGAUAGGAAUGGUAACGGUGCGGACAUUGUAGGGACUUACGAUAUGGUCUACGGUGAUAAGGAAACCUUUUGGCUUGGAUGGGAGCUCGCUGGUGAUAGUUUCUAUGCCUUUCACCCGGGCCCGUCUGCAGCCAUGGGCGUUGUCCAACCCCCAACCAACUUCAACGCCACUGAUCAACGACCUACACCGACCUUCGUCAAUGGAAUUGCAGUAGCCCCACCACCGGUGAACCCACCAGCAGGACGCAAAAUGGCGCCUGGCCAUGAGUCCGACCUCACGAUCUGUGCCCCCCAACUUCUUCAUUUGGACCGCGAGAACCGCCCUCUGUGGUUUAAUGGCUGGCUAUUUGAGAAUAAGUUUGCGGGCGGUAAACGGGUUAUCGGGAAAUUUGACAUGUUUAUGGAGGAGCCGAGUAGACCAUUGGUUCCGGAAGCGUGGGAGCUCAAGGAGCACAACCUCUGUUGUUUGUCAAAUUCCACGCCAAGGGACUUUACAAAACAGGAGAUCGAAUGGCUUGGAGAAUUGAUUGAGAUGGCAAAUACAGUCAAUAACUAG